AUGGAGCACCCCAUCACCCUCACUCAGACCUCCUCCAUGGAGUCCUCGCCGCGCUUGCGGCCUGUCGACUCGAAGCAGGACAACUCGGACGCCGAGUCAGGAUACGGCUCGGCCGCCUCCUCGACGGCCGCCCUUCCCGAGAUCACCCUGACCCCCGCACACCUGAAGCACCUCAACAAGCAGCUGGAGUCCAUGCACCCCAUGGACAUCCUCCGCUUCGUCAAGAUCCUCUUCCCCAACCUGUACCAGACCACGGCCUUCGGCCUGACGGGCCUCGUCACCCUCGACAUGCUCUCCAAGAUCCAGGCCGAGAACCCCUCGGGGGCCGCCGUGGACCUCAUCUUCCUCGACACGCUGUACCACUUCCAGGAGACCUACGACCUGGUCGAGCGGGUCAAGGCCCGGUACUCCAACGUCAAGGUGCACACCUUCAAGCCCGAAGGGUUCGAGACGGCCGCCGACUUCGAGGCCACGUACGGCAAGCUCUACGAGCUGUCCGAGGAGAUGUACGACUGGGUCGCCAAGGUCGAGCCGCAGCAGAAGGCGUACGAGACGCUCGGCGUCGCCGCCGUGCUGACGGGCCGCCGGCGGUCGCAGGGCGGCGCCCGCGACCAGAUCCCCGUCAUCGAGAUCGACCAGGAGCGCGGCAUCAUCAAGAUCAACCCCAUGGUCUGCUGGUCCUUCGCGCAGGUCCAGGCCUACGUCCGGGAGAACGACGUGCCCUACAACGCCCUGCUCGACCGGGGGUACAAGUCGGUCGGCGACUGGCACUCGACCAGCCCCGUCGGCGAGGGCGAGGACGAGCGCGCCGGCCGGUGGAAGGGCAAGACCAAGACCGAGUGCGGCAUCCACAACAACAAGUCUCGGUACGCCCAGUUCGCGGAGCAGCUGCCUCCCCCGGCGAGCCAGAUCGAUGCCGCCCUGCAGAGCGUACAGCAAGCCGAGGCCCUCAAGGGCGAGACCACGGUCGUCGAGACCACCACCGUCUCUGUUGCCGAGCCCACCAGCCAAGAGGCACAAGCCGCAUCCGUCAAUGAGGUCGCCGCCCAAGCGGUGGCGCAAGUAUCUUCGCCUUCUCUAGAGGCACAGUCAUCUGUCGUCGAGGUCUCGUCUUGA